AUGACUAAAGGUUUUCGAGAUAAACUAGGUCAAGGAGGCUAUGGUUCUGUUUACAAAGGAAAGUUUCGAAGUGGCCAUGAUGUUGCAGUCAAACUCUUGGGGAGAUCGGGUGGAAAAGGGCAGGACUUCAUGAAUGAAAUCGCAACAAUUGGAAGGAUACACCAUGUCAACAUUGUCAAACUAGUCGGAUACUGUGCACAUGGAUCCAAACUUGCCCUUGUCAUUGAUUUCAUGACUAAUGGUUCCCUUGAAAAGUACCUUUUCAAUCGAGAUAACAUGAAACCCUUGAAUUGGAAGACGAAGUUUGAGAUUGCAGUUGGAGUUGCUCGAGGGAUUGAGAUUUGUAAAAAUAUAGUAAGCUUGACAGCAGCUAGAGGAACUAUAGGAUAUGUUGCUCCAGAUUUGAUCAACAGAAGCAAUGAUAUUGAAAUUGAAGAAGCAAAUGAAAUGGAGUUUGCUGAUGAGAAUGAGAGUAGAAAAAGUAUUAUUAAGAAGAUGACGAUAGUUGCAUUGUGGUGUAUACUGAUGACACCAGACGAUCGUCCAUCAAUGAAUAAAGUUCAGGAGAUGUUGGAAGGUGAUGUUGAACAUUUGCAUAUUCCUUCUCAAUCAACUCAGAUCGGAGUGAGUUUUGAUCAAAUCGAAAUUGCAUGUUCAUCAUAUUCUGUUUCCUUGUUGCAUCAUGCCGAUGCUUCGAUCGUGACCGAAGUGUGA